AUGAGAAAUAGGCUUUCUAAAAUCAAUCCACAGACUAAAGUUGAGGCAAAAUCUAUUGAAGAAGAAAAGAAGGAAGUGACUCCAAUUGUUAACAUUGCUCCUGGAGUUAUUCCUCCCCCACCAGUCAUGCUUUCAAUUUCAAACGACAUUCUUCACUCAGAAUCUCUCUCAACAGGCUCUAAUACUCCAUCUCCUCCAAAUAUCUUGAUAUGUGAAGAGAAGCAAAUCCCAAUAUCAGAAAACCUUAAAGAAGAUAAGGAAGAGCCAUUACUUGAAGAAAUUGAGGAGGAUGAGCUUGUGGAAGAAGUGCUAUCCCCAUCUUCAAUUAUAAUACCUUCAAUUAUUGAAAAUCAAUCUCCCUCAACUUUGAGAGCAGAUACUACACCUACUAAUCAAACGCUUCCAAAAUUGCAGUCAACAAAUAGGUUGAGUCUUUCCAUUACAAAUAAUAGAAGGUCCAUUUGUAAUAAUGACAACUUCAUGGAAGAAACCUUAACAGAUUUGAGAUUGACUGAAAAGCUAAUUGAUGAUGCAAUUCAACAGGUAACCCUGAGUAUUACUAAGGAAAAUGUAAAGAGCCAUCUUGAUUGCUUAAUGACCGAGAAGGUACCCCUUGCUCUAGACAGAAUUCUCUCAAAUAUAAUGAAAGCAAACGAUUAUUUAACGGUUAGAUUUGAUGAAAUUGGUGAAGUGUUGAAUGAUAUCGGAGAGCAAUGCAAUAUAAUUUCAAAGGAGCCACAGAUGGAGAAGAGAUUCUACAUGAACAGCAACAAUAAGAAUAGAGGAUCUAAAAUGAUGGAACCAGAAGUUCCUUUCAGAAAAAAGUCAACCAUUAACCUUCAAUCGACUGAUUUCAGCUCUGAAGAACAUAGACAGAUAUUUUCCAGAGUAGCUCAGAUGGAUCUUUCCUUCCCGUCAUACUAUCAAGUAUUGAAAAAUGUGGGUACUCCUCUCGAAUUUGAUGAAACAGAACUCUACACAAUCAGUAACAGUGAUGCAGUCUCUACCAAUCACGAUUCAGCUCUCUACUCUCCAAACUACCAUUCCCAACAACAGAAAAGAAAGUCUAGCAAUUCUACCCCUUACAUGAAUAGUGGUUCACUGACAGCACGAUCAAGUAGAUCUUUGUCUUCUGAGUCGUCUAAGAAUUCAUAUACAUCAUUUAACACACCUUCAGAGAGUCCUGUAACCGUAGGUCUAUACAAUACCCAACAAUAA